CAACCUGCUGGAUUAGUAAAAUAUAAACUGUUAGAGUAGUAUACAGUCUAAUUUCUCAAACGAUAUAUAACUUUGCUUUGCUUUUUUUUAUUUGCUUGGUGUUUAUGGGAAGUGUGACCUCUGGUGUGUUGCAUAGUCAUUUAAGGUAGGGUUAAUUUAACCUAACUUUGUCAAAAAGCCAAGUGUCUAGCCCAAGGCUGUGACCACAUGAACAUCUGAACUCCUGAUGUGACAGUUCUCUGCUCCUGGAAGAAGAGAGGCGUGCUCCUCCUUCCACCGCCUUAUUUGUCUCUUUGUUUCUUUGUGCAAGCCAGUACCAGUUGCCUACUCUCACUGAUUCUGUGGCUUGUUGGGUUUUUCCACGUACUGGAAUGACUCACUGGCCUCACCAAGAAAAGAAUCUAUUGAGUGUUUUCCACUUGUUUAACUGCUGGCUUCUUGACUUAAAGCAGUUCAUAGAAGGGUCUGGUGAAUGGCAGUUCCAGGAAUGAGGAUGAAGGAAGGAGGAAUGCAACCUCCCAUUCCUGCUGACAGGGAGCUGUCAAGUGGGUUAUGGUUUCUCAUCAGCUCCUUAUCUGCUCAGACUCUACAGACCCUUAAGCAGAGCAGUAGUGUCUGGAGUCACUUGCGUGAGGCUCUGCUGCCUUUGAGUGUCUCACUUAUUCUUCCAGACAAAUAGUUUAUUGUUCCAUGAGACUUUGCAGCAAUCGUUGCAAAAUUCCAUUCAGAGUAGCAUCUAAUUUAACCGCUUAAAACAAUGUUCAACCACGGUAAAUUUGUGUGCGUUAGCAUGGCCGUGGUAUGGAAAGAAGAGCUGUGAGCGAGUUGUGUCACCCAGGCUGGUACGUGCUGGAGUCCUGGAGCUGGGCUGUGCCAGGGAAGCAAGAAGGAGGCCAUGGUGUUCAGAAAUUAUAGCGGCAUCUUCGUGUUUUUCUCUAAAUGCAAGUUUUCUCACCAUUUUAAGUGCUUGUAGGAAACAAAAUUUAAAAUGUUAUAGCUCAAAAAUUUGUGAAAGAAGAAAAGUCCUUUCAUGAUGUGUAGAUAUAACGGAGAGAGAGUUGUGAGGUAGGUCUUUAAACAAUAUUUUUCUGUAUGAAAAUAGCUCUUUGGGGAAGAAAGGCAGAACAAAGGUGGCUCUUGGAAAUGUAGUCGAGUUACUUCACUUAGCUGGACGUUCUACCAAAGAUAUUAACCCAUAUUUAUCUAUUGAUAUAUGUAUAUUAUGUAAUUUCAGGUAUUAAGUGUGCAAAACCUGGACUUCAGGACUCUGCACCAAUACCUUUCCUUGUGUACCUGGACAAAAUGAUGUUACGAUUGCAUAGUAUGGGUUUGGGGCAGUUGAUACAAGUUUGCAGUUUUGUAAAUUUACCAAGCUUUGUUAUGUUGUAGGUGGAGAAUUAAUUUUAGAGAUGCUGGGGUUUUAGUUUCUUUCAAGUGUGUUUUAUGGUCCUCUACUCCUUGAACAGGUCUACAAGGGAAGAAGGAGGUUUAACUAGUGUUCCUGUAAAGUAUUUCUUAAAAAAAUUAUAUGUAGUCCUGCGUAAUUUUGAAGAAUAUUUUAGGUCUAUUCAUCGACUAUGAGAAAGUGCCACUAGUACAGAAGAGAUUCAUGGUAGUAGGGUACUCACCCUAUUUAUAGGGCCGAGACAAUGUUGAGUGUUUGCAGCUCUGUGAGGACUUAUUUUGUUUUGAAGAAAAAAAGAAAGGUAUUUUACUUGUAAGAAAGUGUGUAGGCUAAAUAUCACAAGUUGCUGUCAAUGGUUUCAAGGAAAGAGAUCUUAUAAAGUAAUGAAAUUUCUGGUACUGUUCUGUUGUCACUGGGAAUGUAAAUCAUGAAGUUUGCCACUAGAUGUCCCUGCAAGCCCAAAUAGUUUUGCUCCCUUAAAUGCGUACUGCUUAGGUUUUUGAAUGUGUGAAACGGAUUUGUAAGCCACGCUUUUACCCCCUUUCUUCAGUCCUCUUUUCUUUUAUGUGCGAUCUUUAGGCAGGUGCGCACACAACUGGAUAUGUGUUUUUUUGCUUUAUAAUCUGUGGACUUUUUGAUAGUAGCAAAAGCUGUGAGGAGAGGAUGCAUUUCCCACCUUCAGCAGCUUGGGGCUGAAAUUACAAAUGGUUGCAUUUCCAUUUAUUGUUUUCUGUUAGUCAAUUAGUUGUCAGAAAACUCCAUGUUUUUUGGUGUCUUUGUAAUGCUGCUUCAGAAGCAUUUCCUCCUCCUUAUCCUCUCAGCAAACUUGAGUAAAGCAGGAUAAAAGAAAUCGCCGUUGUCACCUUGCCUGUGCUGGUAUAGGAACGCUUUCCCCUGACCUUUCACCGUCAUGGUAGUGGAGGAAGAAAAUGGGCACUAAACGUGCCGUGCUUAUUUAUCUAUAUGGAGGAUAAUUUUCAUCUUGCUUGUAGUUCAGGGGUUUAUAGAAUCAAAUGGUAAGUGCCUAAGGUAGGCCCAUGAGAGAUGUUAAGAGCAGAAUACUAGAAAGCAUUAUGUAUUCAACUAUGUUUGAGAAGGAGGCUAGGUAUUUGCAGUGAUGCUGGAGAUUUAACAUUAUUUUUUUUUGCAUAGCACUGCAAAUAUGGAGUUCUUAGGCACCAGUCCAGUACUGCCAAAAGCUAAAGCGGCAGGCUAGCUGGUUUCAAAGCUUUAUAACUUCCCUAAAAUUCAGUUGCAGUCCUCCCUCCCCCAGAUCCUUUAGAAACACCAGCAAUAACCAGUCUAAGGCAGUGCCUUGUUUCUAAUAUCGAAAAGCACUGAUGAGGCGCAUGUUAUAAUACUUCCUCAUUUCUCAGCAUCUGGCGAUUUGCAGCUUUCUCACACCCAUCUGAGAUUGUCACAUUUAGCAAAACUCUUGCUGGAAAGGUCACAAGAAACCACCAGAAAAACUUCAAAAACUAGAAGUGACAUGUAUCAGUGAUGUAUUUCAGAGAUAAACUUUGGACAAUCUGGAAGAUACCAGCCCAUGAAAUCAUAACUCUUUCAGAACUGGCUUGAUAGGAGCUCAACAGUGAGAAUUAUCUCCGGUUCGAGGUGAUACGAUGGUGUGUGGAGCAGCACAUCGUGUUAGGAUAGUGCGACAGACUGUGAGACAAACAGCUUUUACUACUUCAUAUCUGAUGUCUGUGACCUCUGCUUGAAUCCUAGUUAACAUGGCAUAAUUAACAUCAGGGUUUGAUUCUCAGUGUGCAGCAUAAGUAAAAAUAACAUUUUGUGUGGCCUGGUGGUUGAAGAUGCUUGUGCUUAUUUUGUAUUGACUCAAAUAAUCUCCAGAUUUAACUUUGUCUUGUGUCCCCGGGACAGCUACUACAUUUCAGGGCAGGUAGAAUGAGCAGAGAAGAGUGGCCCUUUCAGUAGGGGAUUUCUAACAUGAGUUACGGCAGAGCUCGGAUUCUUCUGUAUUUAAAGCAAAAGUAGCAUGUGAAGUCUUUGAGGUGUGAAUGUACUUGAUUGCUAAUUACAUGGGUUUGUAUUUCUGUCAGGUGACCCGAUCUCCUGGGAUGUCAGCUGAAAAGGUGCACAGCGAUGUAGACUUGUUAUAAGUUCAUCUUUUUUUUUGUCCUCUCAAUACUCAUCGUGAACAGUCACCAUAAAAUGGAUGCUUUGGGCAGUCUCCUUCCUCCCAUGGCUGGAAAUGGCGAUGUGGCUAAUUCACAAGAAUUACAAAAACUUCUGAUUGAUGAAAAAAUGCGAUGUGAGCACCACAAAGCAAAUUAUCAAACUAUAAAGGCAGAACAUAUAAGGUUACAGGAGGAAUAUACAAAAUCACAAGAUGAACUGAAGCGGUUGUUAGUUGAAAAGCAGACUGUACAUGAAAAAUUCCAGUUUAUUCUUGCUGAAUAUAGAGAGGAGUUGUUGGGUAAAACACAAGAGUUGGAGAGACUGAAGAUGCAGGUCCUAACUCCUCAGAAAUUAGAGCUGUUAAAAGCACAAAUACAGCAGGAAUUGGAAUCUCCUAUGACAGAACGUUAUCGGAAACUAGAAAAUGAAGUGGAAAAAUACAGAACAGAAUUUAACAAACUUCGUUAUGAACAUACUUUUCUGAAAUCAGAAUUUGAACAUCAAAAGGAAGAACACGCACGUAUUUUAGAAGAGAAGAAAAUAAAAUAUGAGGCAGAGUCAGGCAAAAGCACCAGGAGGCCUGCAUGGUUGAACAAGGAGCUCCUGGCCAAACUCAAGCAGAAAAUGGGAGACCUGGAUACCCAGAAUAUGGAGAAGGCUGAGAUUGCAAGGCUGGAGAAAGAUAAAGAAGAACUCCAUGAUCAGCUGCUCAGUGUUGAUCCCACAAGGGACAGUAAACGUGUGGAAGUACUCUCCAGAGAAAAGGCACAACUCUAUCAGAAAUUAAAAGGCUUAGAGGCAGAAGUAGCCGAACUAAGAGCUGAAAGAGACAAUUGUGGUGCACAAGCAGAAAGUGUUCAAAGAAUACAAGUCCGACAGUUAGCUGAGAUGCAGACUCUGACAAGGUCUCUAGAGGCAGAAAAGAAGUCAGCUGAACAACAGAUUGAUCGAGUUGAGAAAGAAUUGCAGAUGAGUCAUGAGCAAAACAUUCUUUUAACGAGCAAACUUCACAAAUCUGAAAGAGAAGUCAAUUCCUUAACUGCUAAAGUAGAAGAACUUAAACAUUCACACAAAUUAGAAGUAACAAAUGUCAAACUGGAGGCAGCAAGAACAAAAAGUGAAGCAGAAAGAGAGAGAAACAAGAUUCAAAGUGAAAUGGAUGGAUUGCUGUCAGACAAGGAAAUUCUUAAGGCAGCUGUUGAGCGUCAUAAGGUGCUUUUAGUAGAAAAGGAUCGAGAGCUAAUUCGUAAAGUGCAAGCUGCUAAAGAGGAAGUUUUUGAAAAAAUUGCAGCCUUACAAGAUGAAAAGUUAGAACUUGAGAACAGAUUAGCUGAUCUAGAGAAGAUGAAACUGGAACAAGAUACUUGGAGACAAACUGAAAAGGAUCAGUAUGAAGAGAAGCUACGUGUUGUACAGCUGGCAGAAGAAUCUAGCAAAAAGGAACUUCAGCGUCUGCGAUUAAAAAUUCAACAGCAAGCUAUGCAAGCAGAGGAGCUAGAAGAGAAGAAACGUGAAAGCGGCGAUCUAAAACAGCAAAUUCAAGACAUGCAACUCCAAGUUGCUUCACUUUCUCAGUCAGAAAAUGAUUUGCUGGAUUCUAAUCAGAAGCUGAAGGAAACAAUAGAAAGACUGAGACAAGAAUGUCAAAACGCCAGGACUCAGGCAGAAAAAGCUCAACUGGAAACAGAGAAGACUUUAGAAUACAAACGUAUUGAAUGGCUGGAGGAGAAGCACAUGCUUACUCAGCGCAUCACAGAGAAAGAGGAGAAAUACAAUGAAGCAAAGAACAAGCUAUGUCGAGCUGCUGUUGCUCAGAAAAAGAGAAAGACGCUCAAUGAUAAUAAACAAAGGAGGAUGCAAGAGAAACUACAACUUCUGGAAGCCAAGAUAGAAGAACUAGAAAAAGAAAAUCAUGUGUUAAAUAGGCAGAAUGUCUCCUACGAAGAAUAUGCGCGCCUCCAGAAGAGACUGAAGGACUUGCAACGUCGACACAAUGAGUUCCGGAGUUUAAUUUUGAAUCCUAACAUACCAUCGCUCAAUCCAGCCAGUGUAACGUCAUCAUCUGCCUUGCCUCCUGGGCCCGAAGUGUCCUUCCCCCUCCUUCAGGUGGAGGAACAGCAUCAAAGAGAGCUUUCCCUGCUUCGCAAGCGUCUGGAAGAACUAGAAACCACGCAGAGAAAACAGCUGCAAGAGCUUGGACCAUCUAGAGAGCGAGUAGCAGUGGGAACAUACAGGGACCUAGCCAGAAAUAAGACAGCUGAGGAAGGUGGUGCACAAGGUGAGGACUCCAAAUAAACCCUGUGGAUUCUACGUAGUGUUAGUCUUCAGUAGCUUAUCAUUUGUACAUGCUUUUGGUAUUCUGCCAAACCAUGACUGUAUGUGCCUGAAUUGCCUAAAAAACACUCUGCAUAGUUCUGUAUUUAUUUUUGAUAGACUGUUUAAAUUAUCAAACACAAUGUUUUCUAAACAAAAUCAUUGUAAGAGUAACUGCAUUUUGAAAAUAUCUUUAUAAAUGGUAUAAAAAUAUUUGGAAGUCAAAACCUGAAAUAAUCUUAUUGCGCAAAACUUUAAAAAAUAUUUUAGCAAUAUUUUAGCUGAAAUUUUGACAUUUGAAAUAUAUAUCAAGAUCCAAUUUUCUGGAAAAAUCCUAAAAUAAUGUAGUUGAUAAUAUCUUCUUCCUCCUUUGAUGUAGAAGUUAUUGUAUCAGUGUGGAAUUUUGCUGGGUUGAUAUUUGGAUUGUUAACCAGUUGCUAUAAUCUACAUUUGGAAUGUUAUUUUGAAGUUCCCAUGCACAUAGACAGGAUGAAAUGAAUUGAAAAAGCGAUGAAAACUUUUCUUUGCUACUCUUGUCAGUGUGCCUCUUGUUCUUUUUAUAACGGGCAGAAGCAAUAAUCGUUUUUUUUAAUAAUGUAGUGGAGUUAAGUAUAACAAAUUGCCUUCACAUAAUGAAAAGAGUUUGUAUUUGUUGUUGCUACUGUAAUUUGUUUACUCCGCUACAAUAAAAUCUAUUUAUUCAA